AGACUCAUACUAGAAAAUGUCCUGGCUGGGCAGCUGCUUCCCACAACUGGACACUGUGGAAGAAAAGCACAAACCUUUGAUGGGCAAUUAGCUGUUAUCUGCCGUAGAUGAACUGGAGAAUUAUAUCCUCAUUUAUUUAAGCUUCGAGAGUCUGACUUUCCUCUUCCCUCUCUUCUGCUUUUCCACUCGUCUUUUGUCAAAGGCAAAUUUGUAAACUAUGGAAAACUAUUACCUGGUAAGAAUGAAGAGUUCAGAAAAUGGACACCUGUUGGCGGCUGGGUGGCUCAGUGGUUAAGCAUCUGACUUUGGCUCAGGUCAUGAUCUCACGGUUCGUGAGUUUGAGUCCCACAUCAGGUGAGCUCAAGCCCCACUUCGGGUGAGCCCCCCUUCUCCCUCUCUCUCUCUGACCCUCGCUCACUUGCACACUCUCUCUCAAAAAAAAAAGGAGGUGGGGAGAACCUGGGUGGCUCAGUUGGUUAAGCAUCUGACUUCGGCUCAGGUGAUAAUCUCACAGUUUGUGGAUUUGAGCCCCUCAUCAGGCUCUGUACUGACAGCUCGGAGCCUAGAGCCUGCUUUGGAUCCUGUCCUCCUUUCUCUGCCCCUUCCCCGUUUGCACUGUCUCUGUCUCUCAAAAAUGAAUAAACAUUAUAAAAAUUUAAAAAAACAAACAUGCGUAUCUUUGACCCAGGAACACUUCUAAGCCCAUUUCCUAAAGGAAUCAGUGGUUAACUCUCACAGUGCAUGUACGAGGAUAUUUAUAAUAGUGACACAUUGUGAGCAAUCUAGAUGCCAAUAGACGACAGCAGAGAGCUGUUUACACUUCAACGAUGCUUCCCAAUGGAAUACAGGUGUUUAAAAUGAUUGUGUAGAUACCUGCAAACACAAAAAUAUGUCCAUGUUAUGAAAAAGUAAGACUCUUAAGCAGUAUGAAUUUUUUUUUAAUAAAUUGGUUACUUGUAGCAAAAGCUGGAGGACAUACCUUAAAAUGUUUAGUGUUCAUUCCUGGGGAAUAUGGCUGUGCGUGUUUUUCAUUUUUUCCUGUUACACCUUUACAUGAUGUCUUACUGUUUUAUCAUUAGAAAAAACAGUGAAGCUAUUUCCAGCUUGAAACAAACAAACAGAAAAAAUGUAGAUAACGGCAACUGGGACUUAGGUGACUGAAAGUACGCGAAUCAGGCCCGGCCUCCCCAGACUCUGUGCGUUGGGCCUGUCACCCGACACUCAAGUCGCUAUCACGAGCACUUUUCUCUGUUGAAGUGACUGGCUUUUGUCCCGCCAACCCCAGGUUAUAACGGGAGAGGAAAAUAGGCCUCAGGGCAGUCGGCGGCAGCCCCAACCCGCAGCGGGCCCCGUGGGUGAGUCAGUGGGCUGGGGCUCACCCUGCCUCCGGCCUCUUCAUGGGGAACACCAUCAGGGCCCUGGUGGCCUUCAUCCCUGCUGACUGCUGCCAGAACUACGUGGUCAGAGAUCUCCGGGAGAUGCCCGUGGACAAGAUGGUGGAUCUGAGUGGGACCCAGCUACGCCAUUUCCCCGGGAACGUUUGCUCCUUCCGGGAGCUGGUCAAGCUCUACCUGAGUGACAACCACCUCAACAGCCUGCCUCCUGAGCUGGGGCAGCUGCAGAAUCUGCAGAUCCUGGCCCUGGAUUUCAACAACUUCAAGGCUCUGCCCCAGGUGGUGUGUACUUUGAAACAGCUCUGCAUCCUCUACUUGGGUAACAACAAACUUUGCGACCUCCCCAGUGAGCUGAGCCUGCUUCAGAAUCUCCGGACCCUGUGGGUCGAGGCCAACUGCCUCACCCAGCUGCCGGAGGUGGUCUGCGAGCUAAGUCUCCUAAAGACUCUGCAUGCCGGCUCCAAUUCUCUGCGUCUGCUGCCAGGCCAGCUCCAGCGCCUCCGAGAGCUGCGGACCAUCUGGCUCUCAGGCAACCUGCUGACUGACUUCCCCCCCGUGCUGCUGCACAUGCCCUUCCUGGAGGUGAUCGACGUGGACAGGAACAGCAUCCGUUACUUCCCCAGCCUGGCCCACCUGUCGAGUCUGAAGCUGGUCAUCUAUGACCACAAUCCCUGCAGGAACGCACCCAAGGUGGCCAAAGGCGUGCGCCGCGUGGGAAGAUGGGCAGAGGAGACGCCAGAGCCUGACCCCAGAAAAGCCAGACGCUACGCCUUGGCCAGGGAGGAAAGUCAGGAGGGAGAGAUACUUGUCCUGCCUCCUCUACUUCUUCCUCCCAACUCCUGAGGAGCUUCAGUCGUAGGUCAACGCCAAGGAUCCGACUCCAGCAUCUUCUGGAGAUCUCUCCUUUAGAGGGUACAGGAUUGCUCUGGGACACACGGGAUGCUCUGCCAGUGGGGAGUGAUGGAAGUCCAAAGAAACGCCUCACUCACAUCAAGGGAGAAUUUCUGGCCAACAUUUCUCCCAAAGUGAAGUUGGGUGCUAUGGCCGGCCUCACUCUCUGCAAGCAAAUCAGCUCCUCCAAAUAGGUAUUUUGCAACAUUAAAGAGUACGAAGGGCUACGACAUUCUGUCCUUCUCUACUCCACAAGCGGCUGGUCAGGAUGCUCACGAACUCCUCAAAUAAGGUAUUUACUAAAGAAUUCACCUGAGAGUUCAGGUGGCCUGGCUCC